AUGGAAAUCUGGCUCGCUCUGGAGCAAGUUGUGGACCGUGGGGGCAUCCGAUAUCUCGGCCUUUCGAACGUCAAGCCGCAAAAACUGCGCUCAGUACUCAAGAACUCGCGUAUAAAACCAGCAUUUGUGCAGAACUGGUUUCGCAAAGAGACAGGAUACGAUCAUGAUGUGGCCGUCAUCUGCAAGGAGGAAGGCAUUGUCUAUCAAUUAUUUGGCAUCUUUGACGCUAGCAAUUCAUGGCUGUUGGACAGCCUGCCGGUGCAGUACAGGGCCCAGAGAAAGCACAUCAGCGCCCACGAAGCUCUACUACAGCAGAUGGUCGAAGAAACAACAGCAUCCGGCUGGAAUAUCUGUGUUCUCGAUGGCACUACCGACAAGGAUCACAUGGCUGGAAACCUCGCCGCUGUUGAACAAGCAGACAACCGGAGUGCAGAUAAGAAUGGAAUACUUCUUGAGCUUAUCGGGUGGAAAUGA